AUGGCGCCUCCCCCUCACGCGCUCGUCAUCCCCUACCCAGCGCAGGGCCACGUGAUACCUCUACUGGAGCUCGCCCACGCGCUGGUCGACCGGGGCUUCACCGUCACCUUCGCCAACUCGGAGUUCAACCACCGCCGCGUCGUGGCCGCCGCCACCGAGUCGUCGCUGCUGGACCGGAGUAGUAGGAUCCGGCUGGUGGCGGUGCCGGACGGCAUGGAACCAGGGGAGGACCGGAACAACCUCGUCAGGCUGACCUUGCUCAUGGCGGAGCACAUGGCGCCUCGGGUGGAGGACCUCAUCAGGCGCAGCGGCGGCGACGCGGAGGGCUACGGGCCCAUCACCUGCGUCGUGGCGGACUACAACCUCGGCAUGUGGGCGCUCGACGUCGCGCGGAGGACCGGCGUCAAGUCGGCCGCCAUCUGGCCGGCCUCCGCCGCCUUGCUGGCCAGCCUUCUCAGCAUCGACAAGCUCGUCCAGGACAACAUCAUCGACCCAGAAGAUGGGUCUGCACUGAGCCAAGGCACGUUCCAGCUGUCCCCGGACAUGCCCGUGAUGCAGACGGCGCACCUCGCCUGGAACUGCAUAGGCAACCAGCACGGGCAGGCGGCGAUGUUCCGGUGCCUCAUCGCCAGCGUCCGCGCGGUCGACAAGUGCGACUUCAUCCUCUGCAACUCCUUCCACGGCGCCGAGCAGGCGACCUUCGCGCGGUUCCCGCAGAUCCUCCCCGUCGGCCCUUUCCUCACGGGCGAGCGCAAAAAGGCGGCGGUGGUGGGGCACUUCUGGCGGCCCGAGGACGACGCGUGCAUGUCGUGGCUGGACGCGCAGCCGGCGAGGUCCGUCGUGUACGUCGCCUUCGGCAGCUUCACCAUGUUCGACACGCGCCAGUUCCGGGAGCUCGCUCUGGGGCUGGAGCUCUCCGGCAGGCCCUUCCUCUGGGUCGUGCGCCCGGACAUCGUCCUCGGCGGCGACGUCCACGACUACCCCGACGGCUUCGUCGACCGCGUCGGCGGCGCGAGCGGCCGCGGCAUGGUGGUCGCGUGGUCGCCGCAGCAGAGGGUGCUGUCGCACCCUUCGGUGGCCUGCUUCGUCUCGCACUGCGGGUGGAACUCCACCAUGGAGGGCGUCCGGAACGGGCUGCCUUUCCUCGCCUGGCCAUACUUCGCCGACCAGUUCGUCAACCAGGUGUACAUCUGCGACGUCUGGAAGGUCGGGCUCCGGGCCGAGGCCGACGAGGCAGGCGUCAUCACCAAGGAGCACAUCGCCGGCAGGGUGGAGGAGCUGAUGAGCGACGCGGGCAUGAGGGAGAGGGUGGAGGCCUUGAAGAAGGUUGCGCAUGAGAGCAUCAACCAUGGGGGCUCGUCGCACCGCAACUUCGACAUGUUCAUUGAGGCCAUCAAGGCAUGA